UCAUCAUAAUCUCGUAACACCGAAAGCUCGACGCGAAAUCUUGUGCCCGUGCGCUGUUUCUUUUUCCGUAGAUCGCCAAGUGCGAUGUUCAGUGAUGCACACAGAAGGUCUUACGUUUCUUGCGACCCGUCUGGAGAUAACUAAAGUGUCGGAAACUGUGGUUUUGGAGCCACCGAUACCUACCAGCCUUCAUGCAGUUUCACGGUACUAAGAUGGGGCUAGUUGCCCUGUUAGCUGGCUCUGUUGCCGUCACCUAUCUCUGCAGUUUCGCAACAAAAUCCCUCACACGACUCUUCUACACCCCUCCUGCUCAACAGAAUGGACUAUCCCGUGUGCCCAAGGUUAGGCACGUGGUACUGGACGAGUCCAUUGUCGGUGGAAAAAGGGUGUUUUUAGUUGGGGACGUGCACGGCUGCUAUGAUGAAAUGAUGGAGCUCCUACACAAAGCAGACGCGAUGAGGGAAGACACAGUGGUGAUAUUUGUAGGCGACAUGGUCAACAAGGGACCGAAAAGUUGGGAAGUCCUCGACUUCUUACGCCGCUCUAAAGUUUACGCCGUCAAAGGCAACCACGAAGAUCAUGUCCUAAGAGAGUAUGACAACAGUAGAAACCCUGAGUACAAGCUUCCUCAGAAAUAUACAUGGGUUGGUAAGCUAACCAAUGAAGAGGCCGAAUACCUACGAGAACUACCCUACACCAUCUCUCUACCAACUUUCAACAUCAUCGUGGUUCAUGCUGGACUAGUCCCAGGGAGAUCGUUGGAAGAGCAAAGCGAUUACGAGAUGAUGACAGUCAGAAAUGUUGUCAAGACUGAAGAAGGUAAAUUUGAGGCCAGGAAAAGAGCUACAGAGGGCCAGCCUUGGGCUGCAGAAUGGACAGGACCACAGCAUGUGGUGUUUGGUCAUGAUGCAAUUAGAAGACUCCAGGUUUACGAUCAUGCCACAGGUUUGGAUACGGGGUGUCUGUAUGGUGGAAACCUUACGGGAUUGUUCUUACUAGGAGAGGGGGAGAGAAAAUUUGUCAGCGUCAAAUCUCGCCAGUCCUACACUUCUGGAGUUAAAGUCAAUCAAUUUUAAAAAUGUAUUGUACAAAACUGAUGUAAGUUUCAAAAGUGUCAAAACCACAGGACAUUGGGAUGUUUGUAUACACAACCAACACUUUCACCUUGCUUACCUUGCUUACCUUUCUAUGUCUGUCAGAGCUUCUGACUGGAGUACUGCUUUUUGCUGCAAUGUAAGCAAGCACUGGUUAUGUAUAAGAAAAUUCAAAUAUCCUAUGUCCUACCAACCUGAUGAAAUUAUAUUUUCAGUGCCAAAACUGCAUUUGGGAUGUGUGCAAAAAUGCCAUAAUGUA